CAAACGCACAAAAAGCACUGACUGUGACUUCGUGUGGAAGAAAGUUGACAGACAGUGAGCGGCCGAAGACGCUUGGGACAGUGAACCUGCCACACCCGUUGCAAUUUCUUGCUUACUCCUAAACGCACACUAACAGUCUUGGGUUUUCGUUUAUCCUCAAUCUCCUUCCUUCCACACGCACCAAAGCACUUCCACGAUGAGAAUGUCUACUGCUGCUCUGCUCUGCUCAGUUUACACAGCCGGAAGCACUGCCGCGUUUGCUCCCGCUUUGCUUACGCGGCGAUACUCCUCGUCAUCAUCGACCUUGUCUGCUACGACGAAUCCGUUACAGUCUAUCUUUUUGACGCCCGAAACUGCCAAGGCCUGCAUUGAUGCCGCCGGUGGGACACCUCUGUACGCGUACAGUAUCGACAAGCUGGAGGAAGCCGCCGAUGCCUGUCUAGCUUUUCCCAACGCGUACGGACUGACGGUACGCUACGCCAUGAAAGCCUGUCCCAACGCGUCCAUUCUCAAGUAUUUUCACUCGAAAAAUAUUCACGUUGACGCAUCUUCCGGUUUCGAAGUACGCCGGGCGAUGGAUGCCGGUGUUCCGGCCGAAAAUAUCUCCCUGAGUACGCAGGAGUUGCCCGAAGACUUUGCGGCACUGGUUGAUAUGGGUGUCAAGCUCAAUGCUUGUUCCGUCUCGCAGCUAGAGCGGUUCGGUGAGCACUAUGCUGGAAAAGGUGCGAAGGUGGGCGUCCGAGUGAAUCCGGGAGUGGGGUCGGGAGGCUUCUCCGCGAGUACCACUGGAUUCAGUAAAACUAAUGUCGGCGGACCGAGCAGUUCGUUCGGGAUUUGGCACGAACUCGUCACCGAUGGAACCGUCCCAGAUAUCGUGGAAAGGUACGGUUUGGAAGUGGAACGUAUUCAUACACAUAUUGGAUCAGGUAGUGAUCCGGAGAUUUGGCAGCAAGUUGCCACCAAAUCCUUGUCCUUUUGCAAGGUGUUUCCCACCGUCAAAACCAUGAAUCUUGGUGGCGGCUACAAGGUGGGACGCAACAAGGGCGAAGUUACGACAGAUUUGCAGAAAAUCGGGAAGCCUGUGGCGGAUGCCUUUAAAAAGUUCGCGGAAAAGGAAGGCCGGGAAUUGCAAAUGGAAAUUGAGCCCGGAACUUAUCUCGUGGCCAUGGCUGGAGCACUCGUCUCCAAGGUCCAAGACAAGGUUCACACCACCGGAGAGAAUAGCCACACCUUCUUGAAGCUUGAUGCCGGCAUGACGGACGUCUUGCGCCCGAGCUUGUAUGGUGCCGUGCAUCCUAUUACGAUUCUGCCCGGGUCGGGAAAUUCUGCCGACGUUGGCGAUGAAACCGAAUCUGUAGUGGUGGUUGGACAUUGUUGUGAAUCAGGGGACCUCAUGACUCCGGCCCCGGGUGAGCCGGAACAACUAGCGGAACAAGAACUUCGUGCGGCAGCGGUAGGUGAUAUUCUAGUGAUGGAUGGCUCUGGGGCGUACUGCUCCGGCAUGUCGACGAAGAACUACAACAGCUUUCCCGAAGCACCAGAAGUGUUGGUGGACAAGGCAGGCAAGGCACACUUGAUCCGUAAACGACAAACCCUGAGUCAAAUUUACGAGAACGAAAUCUCCGUAGAAGGCGUGUUUUAA